ACAAAUAUUCCUUGCCUUAAAUGUUAGAAAUUCGAUUAUUUUAAAUCGCUUUAAGAUUUCUUGCUGCUACGAUUGUAUUGUUUAUUUUGUAUUUGCUUCAUUUCUUUGUAAUUUGUUUUCCAUCCACCCAAUUGCACCGCCAUGGCAACCACCCAUAGAAAUCGAUGUAACCAAAACCAGCCAUCCAGCGAUGCGGACACUGGUGCCUUCGCAAUUGGAAAACCCAAAUUUAUGAUACCAAAUUCACUGCCCAUCCAGCACGAUUUCCUGAGCAGAAAAUUCGCAAGGAGGAUGGAGUACGAUCUGGAGAGGGUCAACCGCAGCCUGGAGAUGUCCAAGGAGAAUCCAAUGCACCGCGACGCCAUUGAGAAAGAGGCAAUGACGCAGGAAAUGAAACAAAUUAAGAAUGCCGAGUUCAUAGAUCGGAAAAAACGUCAGCAGCUGCGCCAGGAUUGCGAGGAGCUUCGUGACCUAGCAGAGCAGCUCCGUUUGGCUGCCAUUUCCAAAGGCAUUGCCGAUGACCUGAAGGACCGAAAGCGGUUGCGGCAGUUGGCUGUGAAGACGGAAGCUAAAGAAGUGGCAGAGGAACGUUGCUUGCUAGAGGCCCAAGAGCGAGAACGGGAGUCAGCCUACAAGGAGAAGCAGCGCCGGUUGCGAGAAUCCCUCACAGCACAAAUGGAGGAAACCCGACAGCGACGCCAGCAGGAGCAUGCCCAGGUCAUGAACGAUCGGGAGCUCAUGCAGGCUAGGCAGAAACAAAUCGAAGAUGAGGAUCGCGCCCAAGAGUUGGAAAAUCAGCGUAUCAAGAUGCAGAAACGUCGGGAUAUGAUGCAGUCUAUCCAGGAUAACAAAGCCGCCAAGGAGUUUGAGCGAAACCAGAACCUUUCGGAGCUCAAGCGACUGCUACAAAAUCAGUCCGAUAUUGAGGAAACGAAAAAUAGGCUGGAAGCAGAAAGACUGGAAGUGCAACGCAAGAAGGAGGAGAUUAGCAUUCGCCUGGGCUUUGAGGUUCUAGAGAUCGAGAAUCAAAAACUCCACCGGAACAAUCUCCUGCUGGAUCUGCUGGAGGCAGAGUACAUGGCCAAAAGCGACGAGCGUUUCCGCCAACAGCUUCAGCAGGAGGUGAUGUCUCGGAAGCGCACCAAGCAGGAGCUAGAACGUUAUCGCCUUGAAGUUGAGCACCGCAAGAUGGAAGAAAUGAAGCAGAAGCGGGCUGAAAUGAAAACACGCCAAGAGGACUUGCCUGACAAACUGGAGGCACAAGAACGGGAGAAGCAGCUGCAGGACUAUCGCCAGCGCAUGGCUCACGGGGCUACUUUGUUAGCAAUGAUUAAGGACAACCAAAGGAAGCGAGCGGAUGCUGCCGCCGAAAACUUCCAGUACUUCGAAAUGAGAGCCAAAUCUGAGGCGGAGUUGCAAGAACGCAUUAAGAAGGAACGUCUGCUUAUGCUGGGUCAGGUUCCUGCUUCAGUUCUUCGGUAUCUGCCGAAGAAUGUACUGACCUCCACGGAUCGAGAACAUUUCGUAAUUUCUCAAGAUGAUAAGACCAUGGGAGGUGGCGAUGCCUAGUCUAUGGUUUUGAUAGGCGCUGGCCGGGUUCCAAGUUGUAAUUCAACGAUGGCAGUUUUAUUUUUACGACUCUCUGCCGUAAGGCAGUUUGCUUCCUAGCACAUAUACAUAAUUUGAAAUGUAGACACCCGCCCGCCCACUUUGCGUACGUGACGUGUCUCAUUCACACCACAGUGCUGCCACUCUGUCGGCAUACUUGAAAGGCUGCCAGACCAAUAUGAAUUAGAAGGGAUGUUUAGAACUGAAUACUAGUAUUUUUUAUAAUAUAAAAUGUUAAACCCUCAAAAUAGUUUCUACGAUUUUUUAUUCGUUAUAAUUAAAAAAUAAUUUGGUAUUUAGUAUUAUUUAGUUUUUUAUACAAAAUAAUUAGUACUCUAUUCUAGUCAACCGUAUCAAUAUAUAAAAGCAAAAACGUGUAUUCUCAUGAUUAUAACAAAAUCUGAAUUUUUGUAUCAUAAAUAUUUCUUUCAAAAUCAUCUUUCAAAUUUAAAAAUAAUAGCAAGAUUCUAAACGAUAGGGUACCCCUGUUGUUCAAUUUAAAAAGACGCCACACGCCCAUUCCUACUCAUAACAAGCUGGCAACGCCACACAUGCAAUCGCUGGCAUCGCCUUAAUUUAAUGGCAGACAAAAAAAAAACGGUGAAACGGUGGGAGUGAUCUUUGUUUUGCGUCCAAACAAACCCUAGAAACGGAAAAUAGGCGGUGUACAAAUUGCACAGUGUUUUGGCAAAAUGCCCGGGCAAGUGAUAACCAUGUUUUGCAAUGCAUAGAACGCUACAUACGCGAAAAAUAAAUGAAAAAUUCCACGGAAAUCAAGUUCUCAUGAGUACGCAGACAUACGCGGAAGCGUGAAAUAGAAGAGACCCCAGUGAAAAACAAAUCGUACGAACUUUGUACGCGAUUGCAGUCAGUGGAGGGGAAACCCACACAAACACAAACAUACACACACACACAAACAC